UCUCUCCCCCACCCCGUCGUUGUCCAGGCCUGGCGACGUCGUUCUUCAACAUGAAGAACUCGAGCCUGGCGCGUGACCUCAUGGACCUGCUGGUGGAGGCCCACCAGGAGGUCCCCACCUGGCUGGAGGGCGUCGCCUACGGCCAGCAGAGCCGCAGCGGGGCCUGGGGCGGUGGCGGCCGCGGCAAGAGGAGCGGUGGCGGAGGGGCGUUUGGCGGCCGUGACUACCGCACCACCCACGGACCCCCCGGCGGUGGGGGGCGCAAGGGCGGCCCCAGCCCCGGCGGGGGGAGCAGCCGCGGAGGCUCAGGCAGCUUCGGCUUCUCCGAUGGAGGGAGCUACAACAGAUCCCGUGGUUCCUCGGUCGACUGGUGGGACAACUGAGGAGGGGGACACAGCCACAGCUACAGCCGCGGCAACAGCCCCAGUUACAGCCGCGGCAACGGCUACGGCCGCGGCAACGGCCACCCCUCGGCAACGGCCGCGGCAACGGCCACCCCUCGGCAACAGAUAUCCCCCAGCAACAGCCGCGGCAACAGCCGCAGGUACCCCCCGCAACAGCUGCAGUAGCAACGACAGCUCCCCCAGGAACAACCACAGCAACAGCUACCCCCAGCAGCGCAACCAUGGCAACAGCUCCUACCCCGGCAACAGCUCCUACCCCGGCAACAGCUCCUACCCCGGCAACAGCUACCACAACCACCCUCUCACAAACACCAGAGCACACGGUCAACCACACCGCCCUUCACCCCCAGCCUGGUUCCCAUCACCAGCCUGGUUCCCAUCACCAGCCUGGCUCUCAUUACACAUCACCAGCCUGGCUCCCAAUCCUCUUCUAAUUGCUUGAAAGAUGCGGAGCACGGCUCUCCCCGCACUCCCUUCUCCCCCCGCUCCGCGUCGCUUGUCCAGUGCUGAGCGAUCACUUUGGCUGGAUUUAUGACCCCCAACGCACGUACACACAUACACGCACGCGCACAAAGACAUAGAUCCCAUCUAAAGCCUUAACAGACCUUUUUGGGGCAAGUGCUGUUAGCGAGCAACCCCCCCUGGUGUGCCGUGCCCGCCUUCAGUCGGUGCUACUGGCUGGCACGCGCGUACUCGCACGUGAUACCAUCUGCGGUUGCCCAGUCUUGGGCUCGCCACACUCCGCCCCCUCUACAAACCCCACCACCUCUCCAUGCACCUCUACUCCCUCACCACUCGGCCCUAUAAUCCACACACCAACCUGCCCAAGUCACAACCACCACCACCAGUCUCCACAGUCUUUCUCUAAUCUCUCCCGGUCCCCCCCCCUCCCGCAUUGACCCCCACCCCCCUCCCGCGCCCGCCACGCUCGCCCCACCGAGCCGCGGCGCCGGCGACACCGUGGGACCAGGAGAGACGUGGCGGUGGCGGGCGCUGGUGGCGGCGGCGGGUGUUUGCCGUCGCCGCCACCGCUGCCACCGCCCGUGGCCAUUGCCUGAGACGCGUGACGCCGCUUGUCGUCGAAGGCCCCCCCCUCCCCUCCCCGACUGUAGAUUUAACGAUGCGUGACGACGACCGUGACGAGGAUUCUGAAAAGCGUUACAUGGCGCUCCGAAAGCCGGGAUCGGUGCUGUGUGAACCCCCCUCAACCACAACCACCCCCAACCACUCCCGACACCCCAGGGUGGCGGGCGGGGGGGGGUGGACGAUUCCUGGCACCCAGUGGAGGUGACGACACCUGGGGGGUUGGGAGGGGGGACAACUCCCGGCACACUUUCCGUAUUGGCGGAUCCACCGCUGGGUGAUGAGGAGCGGGGGGAGGCAGUCCUCCGAUGGUAGCCAUAGGCGGAGCGAAGGUUUUGUGUUAUUGAAGGAGAGGGGGGGGGCACUCGACUGCCCUGUCCCCCCUUGCCCCCACCUACCCGCCCCUCGGCGGUGGUGACGAUGACGAUGAUGAUGACGACGAUGUUGUUAUUGUUUGUUUCUUACGAAGCCGCUUUUAUUUACGUGGUCCCCCGCCCCAUGUCGUCGCCCUGUUUCUCGCUCGUGGUUUUAACUAGAGAAAUUCAAUAAAGAGACGAUCGCUCA